AUGGACGUGAGCGAGAAGCGGCGCAGUCUGCUCCGGGCUGCGGUGACCGAGCGGCUGGCGGCGGCUGCGGAGGAGAUCUUUGCGCUGGUGGAGAGGACCAUAGCCGAGUACGAGGAGGAGAUGUGUCGCUGCAAAGAGGAGAACCAGAGGAACCGGGAGGAGAACCUGAAGAACCGAGAGCUGCUGGACUCUCUGCUCACCGCGCAGCUCAUGCAAACAGAUGUUGCAGCGGCGAGUCAAGGAGAGGCUGGGGAUCACUCGAAACAUGAAAUAGCCGAAUCGGUUCCAGUCAAAGUGGAACCAUCUGAAUCUGACUCCAUCCCUGACUGUGUGAAGCACGAAGCGGGAUCAGAGCUUCCGGACAGCGGCCCCGCACUGGAGCGAAUGCACCAGGACUCCUCCCAGAGCUCCUCCCAGGGCUGGCCUCAGCUGUGGGAACCCCCGGCCUCCACAUCCGCUGCAGACGCAGAGACUGAGAACCAUUACGACCACAUGGACAUCCCAGACAUGAGCCCGGCGGCCUUCAGCGCAGCCAUGUUUGUCGGCUCGCCUAUGUUCGCCGUUAAAAACCACAGCGCGCAUUUAUUCGCCGCUAAAAACCAAACAAAAGUCUGCUCCUUCUGCGACAAGACUUUCUCCACGAACCAGAGCCUGCAGAUCCACAUCCGGGUGCACACGGGGGAGCGGCCUUUCAGGUGCCCGUCCUGCAACAAGAGCUUCACGCAGAAGUCCCACCUGAAGACGCACACACGGACUCACACCCGAGAGAAACCGUACCGCUGCCUCGUGUGCCUGCGCUCCUUCAUGCACAAGGUGUCGCUCAAUAUGCACGUGGAGAAAACACACAUGCACUCUGUGGGGUGA